AUGGCAUAGUAAAGAGGUACAGGAGCAAAUAAUAAUUAUAAAAUAUUUUCUCGAAUAAGACCAAUAGAGUAUUAAUCUAAAAUGAUAGAAUGCGGUGGGGACAAUUCUAUCAGUAUCCGCGACCCAUCAUCAAAACAAAAGGAGAAAUAAGCAUUUCAAUUCAAUGGUGUUUUUGAUAGCAACACUAAUUAAGAAACAAUUUGGGCUCAUGUUUGCGAACCUUGCAUUUAAAAAGUUAUAGAAGGACACAAUAGCUGUAUUUUAAGUUAUGGAUAAACAGGUAGUGGCAAAAGUUUUACUAUAUUUGGCGAGGAUGAGAGAUUUUCUAUCAAUUAAGGCAAUUUAUUUAUGGACGGCAGAAAGGAUAGAAGAGGUUUAGUACCAAGGACAGUAGAGCAUCUUUUUAGAAAAGCAUAAGAAUUAGAAGAUAUUCGAGAAUUUGUAAUAACUUGUUCUAUGACAGAAAUAUAUUUAGACUAAGUAAGAGAUUUAGGCAAAGCUUAUUUUUAAAAUUAGCAAGAGUCAAAUAGAGGCAAGACCGUUCUCAGUGCAACUGCUUUAACUUCUAAUUUUGAAAACGAAAAUCUAACAAUUUAUGAAAAUACAAAUGGAUAGAUUGUCAUAAAAGAUUUAACUCUUAUUCAUAUAAAGCAAAUGAGUGAACUUUAUGAAAUGAUAUCAGCUGCAUAUUAAUUAAGAGAAAAAUUUGAUACAAAAAGCAACUAAAUAUGGGCAAGAGCACACACAAUAUUUACAAUAAAUGUGGUUCAAAAAGAUAAAGAAAAUGAAAACAUUCCAUUUAUGAAUUCUACAAUUCAAUUUGUAGAUUUGGCUGGCAGUGAACGCAUAGCCAAGAGCUUAACAGAAGGACAUAAAUUUUAGGAAGCUAUUUUGAUAAAUACUUCUCUAACAGCAUUAGGAAAAUGCCUGCAAAAUAUAGCAAGAUCAAAUAAAUCAAUCCCUUAUCGAGAAUCAAGAAUGACAAGAGUUCUUUAAAAUUGUAUGGGAAUUAGUUGCUACGUUACAUUAAUUGUAAAUUUAAAUCCAAGUGAAUCCAACUACGAAGAAUCUUUAUCGUCUCUAUAAUUUGCAGAAAGAACAAAAAUAACUUAAAGCAAACAAAGUGUGACAGUAAAUUCAGGAGGUCUUACUCCAGGAGCUGCAAGCAAUGGAGGAAACUAAGAAGAAUUUAUGAUGCAAAAUAUUGGAAAUUUUGCAGGAAAUGAUAAACUAAUAAAGUCUUUAAAAGACCAAAUUAAAGAUCUUGAGACUAAAAUAGAUUUUAUCUAGAGAGAAAAUAAAUCAAAGAUGACAGAAGUUUAGAAUAUUCUAGGAUUAGAAGUAGAUUUAGAUAAAAUUUUAUCUCGUUCUUCAUAAAAAGAUUUACAAUAGUUUAAAAUGUAAAGAGAAGCUGUAGCAAAAUUAGAAAAUAUUUAAAAACAAAAUAAAGAUUUGGAAGAAGAAAUUUAAUAGCUGCAUAAACACAUUGAGAAUAUACAAAGGGAAGAAGCAUUGAAGUAAGAAAGGCAAUCAUGCUAAAUCAUAGAACUUAGAAGCUAAGUUAGUAAGCUUAAAGAACAACUGAGUAAGGAUAAAAUGAAUAGUGAUGAAGAAAUAAGGAAAAUAUAAUAAGAAAGAGAGUUGGAAAUUAAGUAAAUGAUAGAAAAAUCUAAUUAAUUGCUUGAAGAAAAGGCUUCCAUGAUUUUAAAUUUACCAAACAACUUGCAGAAUAAAACAAAUGAAAAUUAAAAAGUGAGUGAAAUUAAAAGAAAUACCAGAACAGAAGUGGAAAAGGAAUUUAAAUCAUAGAUAGACAACCUGAAAAAUGAAUACACUAGAUUGUAUGAUAACAUGAAGACAUAAUAUGAAUUUCACUUGAAAUAGAAAAAUGAAGAAAUAGAAAAAUAUUUAGAUUAAAUGAAAAAAUACAAACAAAAGAAAAAGUCUGAGUCUGAACUAUUAAGAAAAGAAAUUUUAGAGCUUUAUGAUAUUUGGUUUUAAUAAAAUAAAAUAAUAUAAAAAAUAGAAAUUGGUCAUUACAGUGGAGGCAAAAAAUCAUUUAACAUACCCUCAAGGGAUAAACCAAAUCAGCCAAAUAGAACUUCAUUUUAAUUAUUGUUUAAGUUGCUCGAUUAAAGACUUUUAAAAUCAUCUGACAAGCUAAAUAAAAGCUUUUAGAAUAAUAAUAGUCUUUUGUAAACGAAUGGAAGUAAUGUAAAUGUAACUUUUGGUGGCUUUGGAGGAACUAAGACAGAAAACUUUGAGGCUACAGAUUUAAAUACUAAAAAAUUAGCCAUGUCAUAAUAUGGCUCAGUAAGUAUUGUGGAUCCAAAAAAAUAAGCAGCAUCUCUAGCAUCGAAAACCUUUUAGUCAACUCUUCUAGCAUCAUAAGCUUUCAAAUCUAGCUUAAACCCUAAUUUUAAUAGCAGUAUAAUAAACUAAGAUAAAUCGAUAGUGAAUAAAGAUUAGCAGUAAGAAGGGUUGUCAACAAAUAAAUCUGUAAAAGAUUUUAAAAUUAUCACAGAUGUAAAUGUUGAUCUUUCUGUUAAUCUUGCUAAAAUAAAAACAAAAGAAGAAUUUCCUUAACUUAAAGUAUAUGCAGAAAGACUUAAAGAUUCUUUACAUGCUGCUUUGAUGAGAGAAAAGGAUCUUAAAGAAAGAGUUUAGGAAUUUGAAAAGAUAAAUAAUAACAUAGAUAUUAAAGCUUUAAUAAAUGAGAGAGACGAGUAUAAACAAUUGUACAUGCAAGAAAUGAGAAAAAAUAAUUCAAUGUCCAGAGGCUCAACUAGCUUCAUGGAAUCGACUUAAAGAAGAUUUUUUGUAACAGGAGUUCCAAAUUAACCAGCUAAUGCAACUCACUCUAAUGGAUUUUUCAAAUAAGUAAAUGGUGCAAUUAAUAUAGAACAAUAUAACUCCACUAAUAAUUUGAGUAGACCUUAAACAAAUUAAGGUCUAAUGAGGUACAAUAAAUCCUAAGACAGAUAGCUAGUACCCCUAUUUAAAUGA